UGUUGCGAUAGUAGUACAUUUCACAAAUCGCUGCUAGUGUAACAAUACAUUUUUUGUCGUUGUUCGUGAUUACUAUUACUUCUACUCCCCUAGUUGCAUUCACACUUUAUCUCUUAUCUCGUCCGACUUCUAGCCGCAUAUAGAACAAAAGAUAGAGAAAGGAAACGAACGAAUUCGGUUUUAGACCGAAGGGAGCCUGCGCCUAACCCGGAUCAAUAUUUUACACGUAGGGUUCUUAUCUUGGCACGGGGGUGUGUGUGCGUAUAUGUGUGUACUAGCACCGGGUUGACAGGAAUUUUGGGAGCAAUAUAUCGUUAAUAUGUGUGACUAGUCUGUGUGAACCCAAACAGAACAAUGUGGAAAUUAAAUUAUUGUGAAAUUAUUAAAAUUAAGAAAAUUGUAAAAUAACGAAUUAGUUACGAAAAGACCUACGAUAUCUUAAUCUUUCUUUACUAGGGUGUUUACUAUGAAAAUAAUUAGUGCCGAGGCAAUGCUUCAAACCGCAAAAGGAUAAACUUUUUUGUAAAAUCAGUUAAAGAAAGUGAAAUUUAAAUAGUUCAUCAAACUUUUGUGCCUACGUCAAAAUCACAAAAAGAAUGAGCUUUAAAUUCUUUACAAUUGGUAGUUCUACCUAAUGGUACCCAACAAACAAAAUUAAAGAUAAUAAGCCCACGUUUGGGAAAAUGAGAAGCCAGCCCAAAGUAAAAGUUUAGAUGACCUGCUAACAAUACCAAAAUCGGAACCAAAUAAAAUAGAAAUGGACACAGAAUCUCUAAAGAAAUCGUUAGAAAAAGAGCUAUCGCUGGAUACAAGAGAUCUUAGAUCGCACGCCUGGUAUCAUGGGUCAAUUCCACGUCAUCGGGCUGAAGAAAUAGUCAAUGAAGAGGGUGGUUUUCUAGUUCGCGAUUGCACCUCACAACCGGGUAACUAUGUGUUAACGUGCAGGACUAAAAGCCAAGUACUUCAUUUCGUAAUCAACAAGGUUAUUGUGCACCCAGACACAGUGUACGAAAAAAUUCAGUUUCAGUUCGAAGACGAAGCCUUCGACACAGUUCCUGACCUAAUAACCUUCUACGUAGGAUCUGAAAAACCCAUAACUGUAGCAUCUGAGGCCCGUAUACGCUAUCCUAAGAAUCGAAUGUAUCCCCUCUCCCAUUAUGCCUCCAAAUAUCCUUCGAUUUAUAGUUCCAGUAGAUUCAAAACUCCUUUGCCAAACCCUUCAGGACCAAGAAACAGCACCAGCAAUCACAACCUGCAAAAAACACUCCAAGAAAAGGAACUUCCACCAAAGAUGCCAGCGAAACAACACAGGUCACACUCUUUAACACCAUCUGAAGUGAACAGAGUUGCCCAAGAGAAAUGCAGCAGUGCCGAUGGAGUAAUCCACUUUCCUUCAAUGACCCGUUCUAUGGGGAACGAAGGACUAAUAGGUUCCAAGUUUUCAACUCAUUCUCUGCCAAGGAGUCCUGCUACCAGACUGGCGGAUUCCUUCAACUUUACUUCUCUUACCCUGGACAGAAACAAUAGGAAUAUGAUGCGGGAAAUUAGUAGUGCAUCCCUUUCUCCUGGUGCUGAUCAAACAAUGCGGGUGGUGGAGAUAAGCGAGGAAACUGUCAACUGUAAUCUUCCACCACCAAAACCUUCCAGGGUACCAUCAGUGCCCAGAGGAGAAGAAGACGGCGAACGUAAAAAUGGAGAAAUAUCUUUCAUGCCUCCCAGCGAUUUGCAACGCGUUUCUUCGUACCAUGCUUCCGGUUCGGAUUCAGGAAACGGAUCCGGAGAUUCCGCUCUCAGUUCCGUAACGGGCGAUCCGUUAGAAAUCAACCAAAGAAAUUCAGGAGUGAUAAUAAAAAAUCCGCGAUACCAUUGCGGAUUCAUCGAUUCUUCGGUUGCCUUUUUUGACGUCAACUUUAAUUAUAAAGAACUGGAAGAUAAAUUAGUUCAAUGCCCACACCUGAAGUUAAAUAUACCGAGCAAGAUCGAUCUUGAAAAUUUUCACAGCAUUCUACUGCCGGUUAACGACAAUAAGCCCUUGGAAAGUCAAACACUUAAGGGAGUUAAGAGUAUCUUGCUCGAAAGCGGAUCGAGGAUAUUGGCAAACCAUUUAACUAGAUGUGAUUUAGAUAUAAUUUACGAAAAAGACAGCAAAAAUGAAAAAAUACUUUACGGGUCCGAUAUCGCUUUACUAUUACUAUCGCAUGGUCAUCAACUUCGAAAUGAUUUAAUAGAAAGGGCCAACUGUCUAAAGUUAUUAGUUGCUGUUACCAUACUGACUUGCUGUGAUGAUGAAGAACGUACCGAAAUGGUAAACAAGUGGAUUGAAGUUGCAGUCGAUACUAAAACUGCUUUAGGGAAUUUAUAUGGGUUUUCAGGCGUAAUGAUGGGACUAUGUCUACCACAGAUUCAAAAAUUAGACACUACAUGGCAUUUAUUGCGUCAAAGGUAUACAAACACCGCCUUUAAUUUCGAAGCAAAGCUAAAACCGACGUUAAAGAACAUGGAUAAUUGCUCAAAUCCACAAGCACCAAAUACAACGAUACCUCAUCUACUGCCGAUGAUUUUACUAUUAGAAAAAACUUCAGAAAGUUUUUUACCAUCAAACGAACAAAAUCAAGACUUACCCUUUAUGACAACGUGGCAUUCGAAUUCUCAGGAUUUCGGUCUGAGUAUUUUACAUUACCAUUUAGAAGCGGCUAGGAAAUUUCUAGAUCUAAGUCCGACUUUCCAAAGGAAUGCGGAAAUUGUACUUUCCGAGGCCAAAAUGGAAGAUUUAACUUUAGACAUGUUCAAAACUGAAUUUUUACUAAAAUUCCUAUGGGGAAGUCAAGGCGCUCGGGCAGAUUUUUUCGAACGCCAUCAGAAAUUCGAAAACUUAUUAGACUUGAUGGUCGAAAGAUAUUGCACAAAACCCCCCGAAGAAUAAUAUUAAAAAGAAACAAGAAGGAGGGAAGAAAAUGGUCUACCAUAAUAUACUUAUUUAUUUCAUUAGUUCCUAUUGUAAGUAUGUAUAGUACCUAAUUUAAUUAGGUUUAUAUGAGUUUGUUGUAAACAAUGGAUUUAUAAGACUUUUAAUGUAUCGCCAUAAGUGUUAAGUUACAUUACAUAUCAAUAAAAUUUA